AUGGCUAUUGUAAAACUUGGUGGUCGUAAAAAGAACCAAGCACCACCGGCCAAAUCUAAUGGAUCGGGCGGUGGUGGUAUCAAGAAAGCAGAGUUUGAUAUCACCAAGAAAAAGGAAGUGGGUGUGUCGGACUUGACCCUUUUAUCCAAGAUCACCGACGAAGCAAUCAACGACAAUCUACACAAGAGAUUCAUGAACGACACUAUAUACACUUAUAUCGGGCAUGUGUUGAUUUCUGUCAACCCCUUUCGAGAUUUAGGGAUCUACACUCCCGAACACUUGGACAAGUAUCGUGGCAGAAAUAGACUAGAAGUGCCCCCUCAUGUGUUUGCCAUUGCUGAGUCAAUGUACUACCAUUUGAAAUCAUAUGGCGAGAAUCAAUGUGUGAUUAUUUCCGGUGAAUCGGGAGCAGGUAAAACUGAAGCUGCUAAACAAAUUAUGCAAUAUAUCGCCAAUGUGUCCGUUGAUAAGGGUAAUGUGGAGAUCACCAAGAUUAAAGAUAUGGUGUUGGCCACCAAUCCCUUGUUGGAAUCAUUUGGGUGUGCCAAGACCUUGAGAAAUAACAAUUCCAGUAGACAUGGAAAGUAUUUGGAAAUCCAGUUCAGUGAAGGAAGUUACCAGCCUAUUGCUGCCCACAUCACCAAUUACUUGUUGGAAAAACAAAGAGUGGUGUCGCAGAUCACCAAUGAGCGUAACUUUCACAUCUUCUACCAGUUCACCAAGGCCUGCCCAGAAAAGUAUAAGCAACAAUUUGGUAUUCAGGGUCCCGAAUCCUAUAUAUAUACUGCUGCAGCUAAAUGUAUUGAUGUGGAUGGUAUUAACGAUAGCAAGGACUUUAAUGAUACUAUCAAUGCUAUGAAUAUCAUUGGAUUAACUCAAGAAGAGCAAGAUAACAUUUUCAGAAUGUUGGCUGCAAUUUUAUGGGUGGGUAAUAUCUCGUUUGUGGAAGAUGAAAGCGGGAAUGCGGCAAUUCGCGAUGAAACUGUGACUCAAUUCGUAGCUUAUCUUCUUGAUGUUUCUCCUGAAAUCAUGAAGAAGGCUAUUAUCGAACGUACUAUUGAAACUACCCACGGUUCAAGAAGAGGAAGUACUUACCACGUUCCAUUGAACAUUGUCCAAGCCACUUCGGUACGUGAUGCCCUUGCUAAAGGUAUCUACAACAACCUUUUCGAAUGGAUCGUGGAAAGAGUCAAUGUCUCGCUUAAAGGUGUGCAACAAUCAGACAAGACCAUUGGUAUCCUUGAUAUCUACGGGUUUGAAAUUUUCGAACACAAUUCCUUUGAACAAGUUUGUAUCAAUUAUGUUAAUGAAAAAUUACAACAAAUUUUCAUUCAAUUGACCUUGAAAGCAGAACAAGAUGAAUAUGUCCAAGAACAAAUCAAGUGGACCCCAAUUGAAUAUUUCAACAACAAGGUUGUGUGUGACUUGAUUGAAGAAGUUAGACCCAACCCAGGGUUAUUCGCUGCCUUGAAUGAUUCCAUCAAGACUGCCCAUGCCGACUCAGAAGCCGCUGAUCAAGUUUUUGCCCAAAGAUUGAGCAUGGUUGGUGCAAGCAAUCGUCAUUUUGAAGACAGAAGAGGCAAGUUUAUUAUCAAGCAUUAUGCUGGUGAUGUCACUUACGAUGUUGCCGGUAUGACCGAUAAGAACAAGGAUGCUAUGUUGCGUGAUCUCUUGGAAUUAUUGGGAACUUCCAGUAAUCAGUUCAUUACUCAGAUCUUAUUCCCACCUGGAUUAUUGGCUGCUUUGACUGAUUCAAAAAAGAGAUUGGAAACUGCCAGUGACAAGAUUAAAACCAGUGCCAAUAAGUUGGUUGACACAUUAUCCAAAUGUAGUCCAUCAUACAUCAGAACUAUCAAACCCAACCAAUCCAAAAAACCUAGAGAUUACGAUAACCACCAAGUAUUACAUCAAAUCAAGUAUUUGGGUUUGAAGGAAAAUGUCCGUAUUAGAAGAGCCGGGUUUGCUUAUAGAUCAACCUUUGAACGAUUUGUGCAAAGAUUCUACUUGUUAUCACCCCAGACUGGGUAUGCAGGUGAUUAUAUCUGGCGAGGUGAUGAUAUUUCCGCCGUCAAGGAAAUCUUGCGUGCUUGUUAUAUUCCUGCUACUGAAUUCCAAAUGGGUACUAGUAAGGUGUUUAUCAAGACCCCUGAGACUUUGUUCGCCUUAGAAGAUAUGAGAGAUAAGUACUGGCAUAACAUGGCCACGAGAAUCCAACGUGCUUGGAGAAGAUACGUCAAGAGAAAAGAAGAUGCCGCCAAGACUAUACAACGUGCUUGGAGAGUAAAGAAGCAUGGUAACCAAUUUGAGCAAUUACGUGAUUAUGGUAACGGAUUGUUGCAAGGUAGAAAAGAACGUAGAAGAAUGUCGAUGUUGGGAUCGAGAGCAUUCAUGGGUGAUUAUCUUGGUUGUAACUUUUCCAGUGGAUAUGGUAGAUUUAUUGUCAAUCAAAUUGGAUUAAAGGAGCAAGUUAUAUUUUCGGCCAAAGGUGAAAUAUUGACAGCCAAGUUUGGUAGAUCUUCCAAGAGAAUGCCGAGAAUAUUCAUCUUAACCAGAUCGAAUUUGUAUAUUAUUGCUGAAGUUUUAGUGGAAAAGAGAUUACAAUUACAAACUGAAUUGACUAUCCCUCUUGGCGGAAUCAACUAUGUGGCAUUAUCUACGUUACAAGAUAAUUGGGUGGCUGUGUCAUUACAUUCGUUCACUCCAACUACCCAUGAUGUAUUGAUUAAUUUGGAUUUCAAGACUGAAUUAAUCACUCAUAUGAAGAAAAUCAGCCCAGGGUUAACCAUCAAGGUUGGACCAACUGUUGAAUAUCAAAAGAAGGCUGGAAAGUACCAUAGUGUUAAAUUCACCAUUGGUUCAGGUGCUGAAGUGCCGGUCAAUAGUGAUCAUUAUAAAUCAGGAACUGUUACUGUAAGACAAGGAUUGCCCGCCAACAGUAAGAAUCCUAAACGACCAAGAGGUCGUUCUGGUAAGGUUGAUUAUAGUAAGUAUUACAAUAGAGGAGCAGCCACCAGACUGAGUGUUUCCAAACCAGUUAUUCAAAGACAGCCAACCCAUCAAUUCCAACAACAAGCUCCUGUAUAUCAAACCCCGGCCUAUGAUACACAAGUUCAACAACAACAACAACAACCGGUUGUUCAACAACAGCCAGUGGUUCAGCAACAGACUAGUCCUAGCCAACAACGUCGUAAGGUUCCACCCCCAGCUCCAGUAAAUGUUGCAGCCGCUGCUGCACAAGCCGCUUAUGGUCAGAAACCACAAACUGUUCAACCUGCAGCGCAAGCAAAGGCUCAGACACCAACGCCUGUUGUUCCUUCCAGAGCUAAGAAGACUGCGCCUGCACCGCCAGCCAAGAAGACGGCACCACCUCCACCACCGCCAGCAUUAUCUAAACCAAAGCAUCCUACUUAUAAAGCUAUGUAUGAUUAUGAUGGUUCAGUUCCUAAUACUUUCCCAUUGACCAAGGAUGAAGUUUACUAUGUUGAAGAAAAGAACGAUAAUUGGGCGUUGGUUAAGAAGUUAGAUGAACUGGCCAAAGGAUGGUCACCAGUAGCAUAUUUGCAAGAAUGUGCUCCACCAACUGGUAAAGCUAGUGCACCCCCACCUCCGCCUCCACCUCCUGCCCAAGCUGCACAACCUUCUGCCACCACCACAACCGCCACUGAUUACUCCAACCCAACCAGCAGUACCAGUUCCUACACCACCCAAACCACGGCGGCAACCACAGCUGCUGCUCUGGAUGGAGCUGCAAAUCUCGGUAAUGGAUUAGCAGAUGCUUUGAAACAAAGAAAGAAUGAAGAGACCACGUUAGCUGGUUCUUUAGCUGACGCAUUAAAGAGAAGACAGGGCGCAACCAGGGAUGAUAGUGACGAGGAGGAAGAUGAUGACGACUGGUAG